UCUCUUUUUCUUUCACUCUCUCUUUACCUUUUUUCCGGUUUGUUUGUUUUUGGGUGGUAGUAGAAUCCAAGUGGGUUGUUUUUAUUGGUUGUUUUUUUUUAAAUGCAUGUGCAGUUUGAGAUCAAGUUGGUGUGAAAAUAGUAAAGUUUGUGAUUUCUGGUAAAGUGCUUAGUACUGUUGAUUUCUGGACUUAUUGUUGUUUUUAGAUGUUUUUAUCUUCUUCUAAAACAAUUUAUAUCUCUAGCAAAGUUUUCCAUUUCUGGAAAUGAAUUGUGACUGCAUUUUUUGCCCACUUAUUGCCUGAGGUUUUGUUUGACUGAGCUUUAGUUUUGUUUUCAUUAAGUCAAUGACUUUUCACCGGCUCAUUGCAUUGAAUAAGAUGCCAGCCUCUGGCUUAUAUGGUUGGUGGGCUUGUUUGCGUCUGAUUUGCUGUACACUUUGCAUGUACACAAAAGCGCCAGCCUUAUCUCUCCAUAUUGAAUAAAAAAAAUGUUUUGGCUGGCACUUAUGUGUCCGUUUCAGGUUUUCUGAAACUAGGGUUUACUCUGCUAACAAAGUAAACUAGCUUGGUUUGUUUGCUUUUGUAUAGAAAAUUCAUCGAGAAAUCCUUUCUUGUUGUUCUUAUAUGGUCAUAGUUUGGAUCCAAAAUUGGUGUUGAUUUAUAGUUAAAGGCAUUGUAAUAAGCUAAACCAACGCGGGGGAAACGACACUGUUGGUUAUUUAGGAUUUUUUUGAAUUUCUUCAUGAAGGUUUAGGACAAUUGGUGAAAUCUAUGGCUAUUCGAAUUCAAGACUUAACCAAGAAAAAUUAUGAUCAAAGUUCUGGUCAUUCUGUGCCCCAUUUUUCUGUUAGUUGUCCAUCGUGGUGGAAUUCAAGUGAACAGCAAAUUUUGCAGUCUUUACCCAAGAUUAGUAGUCCGAAGGUGGAAUCUCCACACCAGUUUUUUCAUGAUGGAAAGUAUUUAGGUCUUCAACUAGCAGACCAGGAAUCAUCCUCAGCUCAAUCAAUUGGUCAAUCUCACUGUGAAGUGAGUGGUGUAGGAGGGGUGGAUUCUCAAGAUCAAUGCAUAUCAUCAGAAUCUGGUCAAGAUGAAAGUUGUGGGAAGGGUGUGGAAGGUCAAAUGAAGCCUGUUUUCCCAUUGAGCAAUUCUGAAAUUGUGUUCAACCCGCAACAUGCUUAUUAUAACCAAUCAAUGGCUCAUACUCCAUAUCCUUAUGGUGAUCAUUAUUUUGGUGGAUUAUUCGCUCCAUAUGGACCACAAACACAAGCUCUUAUCCAACCUCACAUAGGCUCCCUCAUGAUGGGGAUAGCACCUGCACGAGUCCCAUUGCCCCUUGAUCCUGCAGAAGAUGGCCCCAUUUAUGUCAAUCCAAAACAGUACUAUGGGAUACUGAGAAGAAGACAAUCACGGGCAAAGCUUUUGACCCAGAACAAACUUGUCAAAACUCGAAAGCCAUAUCUUCAUGAGUCUCGGCAUCUUCAUGCAGUAAACAGGGUUCGAGGAUCUGGUGGACGUUUUCUGAGCUCUAAAAAGCUCCAGCAGGCUGAUCCAACCAGCAUUAGUAGUGCCAGAGGCAUUUCAGACACCAACCAUUUCCAUAAAAAGAACACUACGUCAGAAUUUGAAAGUCACUCAGGAACAAUGGAAUAUGUUGCUUCAGUAACAUCCUGCUCAGAGAUCACUAGUGUAUCCAACAGUGAAUUCAUUUUGCAGCAGGCAGAGCGUGGGUUCUCUGCCAUCCAAAACCAUGGGAGACUUGUGUGCAGUGAAAUGCAGCACUGUGCUUCAGUUGCUCGGUGAGAUAACAUCACCGGCAGGCAAUUCAUCCUUGGCUUCUUUAAUCUACUUGAAUGUUAAAGAGAUACUACAUACCAGGAUCUUCCUUCUACUAUUUAUGCAUUUGAUGUAGGGAUGUCAAUGCGGUUGUGAAAAGUGUGUUUGUUCUUUUGCAUUUGGUUUUAAAAAUUUGGAGUUUAUUUUCUUCUCAA